AUGCUAAUAGAAAAUGCAACGAAUGCGCAGACUCAAGUCCAACUUGUUUCUUAUUCGGGUAUUGUCAAUCCGGAACACAUGUAUAAAAUGAAUUGUGUUCCAAUUGUAAAUGACGACGACACUGAUGAUCAAACGAAUGAACACCUACAACGAUUGUUUAUCGAUGAUUUUCUUCGUAAAUGCAACGAUUUCCAAGAAAAUGAACAAGUCGACUAUCUACCAGUCGAAAUUCGUCUCGGUACUGUCUAUACUUAUCAAAACCGUCGACAACAAAGUCAAUUUCCGAACAGUCUCGAUGGGCGACGUGUCACAGCACAUACAUUACGCAAUGAAGAACGUCGGCCGCGAAAUGACAAACACUUCCUAAUCACAUUCAACAAAAACAAAGGUAUCAAUGAUCUUCCAACAUUUGAACAUGAGUUAACAUGUGCUGGUUUUCGUCAAACGAAUGAUCAUCAAUUAACGUAUCGACUAUAUUUACGCUAUCAAACGCGACGAUUGAUUCUCGAAUUGAAACGUAAUCCGACUGAUCAACGAUUUUUCUCUGCGAAACGUCUAUUGAAAUAUUCGACGAAGUUCACGCAUGUUGAUGUCGUCAAAUCUAAACGAAACUCGAAUUUCACAGAAACAUUUGAUGAUAUUUUCGAUAUUCGCACGUCGAUUGGCAAAUGCGAUGAAGAAGAAUUGCAUAUCAACGACGAAUAUUGCGAUUUUAUUCAUAUUAAAGAUCUUGAACAAUGUGUUUUCGAAACGAAAUCCAAUACCGACGAAUAUGUUUAUCAGUUUAAUCGUGGCUUGUUACCAUACUUCGAUUUCUUUCAAAUCAAACAGACGGAUACAUAUGAUUACUCCUGUAUCGAUAGUCGAUUCUUCGGUUUGCGAGUUUCGAUCGAACAUCAAAUCGGCUAUGACCUAACUUCGAACUCGAAAGCGACAAUACCCUGCUUACAAACGACGAAUGUGAUCAUGGCGAAAUUAGUCUCCUAUGACUUCACAGAAGCGGAAGCGAAGCGGAUUUGGUUUAUUGGAAUGUGGCUGUCGGACUUAGCUACACGAUGUACGACUCGAGAUUUGCCACCUAACAAAAUCGUCUGUCGGCCGCCUGCUGGUCAAACUUCAAUCUAUCGACGUUCAGUCAGAUAA